GAUCGUGGACCUGAUUUUAUUUUUGAAGAUGGCGCUGAAGCUAGAGACGAUCAAUAUCCCCCACCUGCCAGCCUCACUGCCAGUCCAUGUGGCGCUGUACCGCAAUGUCCAGAACUCGGCCUUUCUGCGGCAACAAUUGCUAGCCGGUAACGCAGAGUUUGAAUAUGCCUUCAUCGAUGCGAGCUUGGUGCUAUCUAGGGCGCAUGCAUUGGCAGCCAUCUUUCGUGCAAUGAAUGACUACAUGAAUGAUCGACUUAAAUCCCACAAUGUGCACUCGGAGAUUGUGUUUUCCUUCAACCCGACCAACAAUAUCGCUGAGUCUUUCCGCAAGCUCGGCAUUGCCGACUCCACUAAGGACUUAUUGAUUGUCAAAGUCUCCGUGAGUCCGGAGAUAACCCAUGACUCCGUUGCCGCGCAGCUGGAAAGUUCCGUCGAAGGAACAUCCGUGCCUUUUGAUGACAUGACUUUGUCAGAGAUCUCCGACAUCACCAAGAUCAAGAAACUAUACAAGCUUGGUGCUUUGCCUUCUCCUGCAGCCAAGCCAGAUGCUAGCCAGCCCCACCAGGAUGAGGCUAGAAGACGGCUGGAGCUUUCAAUGCUGGGAGCCAUUGCCCUUCGUGGAUCAUGAUGGAGCCAAUCAAAGAUGAUUUAACGAUAUCAACCUGAUACUGGCUACCUUGGUAUGAAGCUGAAGGUAUCUGCGGCGGUCGUGAAUUGACGUUGCGUCUUUGACUUAUACAAGGGUGUGAGUCCCGUCGUAUAUUGCUCCAUCGUCCACAAAUGUCGUAUCUCAUGGCCAAACACUGGUACGCUGGUAUUGCCAAACCUCGUGGAUGUCCUUUCCAACACCGCGAUACCCUCAUGAAAGCACACCGUACAAUAACCUGAUGGUAUCAUGUGAUUUGACUGGGUCCAUGGAAGAACAUGAGCAUGGAUGGAAUGCACUUAAAGGAGCUCGACCUUACUACUUGGAUCAGCUCUAUGAUAGUCCAAUGACAAAAUCAUAAUGAGAUGAUGAAAUUUACUCGAGAGAGCCCACGAUAAUAUAUUUUUUUAACC